AGUAAAGUAUUGACAAUUCGGUGUUCUAGUGUCAAAAUUCGUGUAUUAUUUGAUUUUCUGGAUUACAAAUCGAGGAAAAAAUAACACAGGAAAACUUUUCUCAUUUUUGUGAUGCUUAUAUCUUCUCAGAAUAUGUCCAAUAAUGGUUCGUAUUCAAACGACAGAGAUGUGGAAAUUGCAGUUGAUGCAUCCUCCGGGGGUUUUUUCUUUUCUGAUUUCAAAAAGCAUGAUGAUCUCAAGGAAAUGCUUGACUCGAAUAAGGAUAGUCAAAAGUUAGAAGCAAUGAGGCGUAUUAUUGGGAUGGUUGCAAAAGGAAGAGAUGCAUCAGUUCUUUUUCCUGCAGUAGUCAAAAAUGUCGUUUCCAAAAAUAUUGAAGUGAAAAAGUUGGUCUAUGUUUAUUUGGAACGAUAUGCAGAAGAACAACAAGAUUUGGCAUUAUUGUCCAUUGCUACUUUCCAAAGAGCUCUCAAGGAACCAAAUCCUUUGAUAAGAGCAGGAGCCUUAAGAGUUCUUUCAAGUAUUCGUGUGAAAAUGAUAGCGCCAAUAGUUAUGUUAGCUAUCAGAGAUGCAUCAGCUGACAUGUCUCCAUAUGUUAGAAAAACAGCAGCUCAUGCUAUUCCUAAACUGUACAACUUGGAUAGUGAACUGAAAUCUGAAUUAGUGACAGUAAUUCAAAAACUUCUAGCAGAUAAAACGGUUUUGGUUAUUGGUUCAGCUGUAAUGGCUUUCACAGAAGUUUGCCCAGAAAGAGUUGAUCUUAUUCAUCGUGUUUAUAGAAAACUUUGUGCCUUGAUAGUUGAUGUUGACGAAUGGGGCCAGGUAGUCAUUGUAAACAUGCUGACAGCUUAUGCAAGAAUGCAAUUUGCAAAUCCAAAUUUGAAGCAAAACACAGAAGCUGUUCAAGAAGGAGCUUUUUAUGACUCCAGUUCUGACUCGGAAAAACCAGCCCCAACUUUAGAUCCUGAUCAUCGGUUAUUGCUGCGAUCAACUAGGCCAUUAUUGCAGUCAAGAAAUGCUGCUGUAGUAAUGUGUGUAGCUCAACUUUAUAAUCAUGCAGCCCCAAAAGGAGAAAUGCAGUUAGCGGUGAAAGCUUUAGUAAGGCUUCUUAGGUCCCAUGUUGAAGUUCAGAGUAUAGUAUUGAAUGCUAUAGUUUCUAUAAGUUUGAAAAAUAAGGCUUUGUUUGAGAGUUAUUUGAAAAGCUUUUUUGUUCGUACUUCUGAUCCAACAAAUGUUAAACUAUUGAAAUUAGAGAUUUUGACAAACCUUACCUCUGAAUACAAUGUUUCUGCAAUCUUGAGAGAACUUCAGACUUAUAUUUCCCACAGUGAUAAACAAUUUGUAGCAGCUACAAUUCAAGCAAUUGGCCGUUGUGCCUGUUCCAUUUCUGUUGUUACUGAUUCGUGCCUUAAUGGUUUAGUAUCUCUUCUCUCCAAUAGAGAUGAGGCUGUUGUCGCUGAAAGUGUAAUAGUUAUAAAAAGACUUCUACAAACACUAGCAGCUGACUUGCAAGAAAUUAUAACACAUAUGGCACGCCUUCUAGAUAGUAUUACAGUCGCCCAAGCAAGAGCUGCCAUUUUGUGGCUGCUUGGGGAGCAUUCACAUGAAGUCCCAAAAAUUGCUCCUGAUGUUCUUAGAAAAAUGGCAAAAACAUUUGCAGAUGAGCAUGAUAUUGUGAAAAUGCAGGUGAUGAAUUUGGCUAUUAAACUCUAUAUAACCAAUCCUGAACAAACUACAGUAUUAUGUCAGUAUAUAUUCAACAUGGCUCGUUAUGAUCAAAACUACGACAUAAGGGAUAAGGCCAGACUUCUUAAACAAUUCAUAACUCGUGGAAAUAACCAUUUCUUAAGCAAAGCAUCCAAAAUUUUCUUGUCUGUUAAACCAGCUCCUUUAUUGCAUGCUACAUCCAAAGAACAAGCAGACUAUCAACUUGGAUCUUUAUCUCACUACAUCAAGCAAAGAGCCGGCGGUUACAAGCCCCUCCCAGAUUUUCCUGAUGUUCCACCUCCUGGUGAUGUGAGAAAUGUCGAGCCUCUUCCAAAGACAGAUACUCCAAGAUCUCGUAAAGGAGAAAAAAGAUCCAAAGAAAACUUUGCUUGGAACUCUGAAACUAGCUCAAGAGGAGAUUCUAGUUCAUCAGAGUCAGAGACGUCUUCUGAAGAAGAAUCAAGUGAAGAUGAAAGUAGUGAGGAAGUAGAAACUUCUGGAGAAGAAACUCAGGGGAAAGAGAGUAGUUCAUCAGAAACAGAGUCCUCAUCAGAAGAUGAUUCGAUCUUGGAAAGGAGUGAUGAGGAAGAUGAAAAGCCCACAGUUUUGAGGAAAACGUCACCACAAAUCGAUAAUAACGAAAUUAAAAAACCUGAUUCAAAAAUCAAUAAAAAGUCCAAUUUGGAUUUAUUGUUAGAAUUGGACAACCUUGACGUUGCCCCAGUCCUUACACCAUCACUUGGUGGUUUUUUGACUCCUGGAGUUCCUUCAGCCAACAUUUCUUCCAUUCAAGUAGUUCCUCCUUCUUUUCUCAAUACCAAACAGCUUGAACUUCUCAACAGGUUGAAUGGUAAAGGGUUUUCUGCAACUUACAGGUUCACUAGAAGUACACAUUUAUAUUCCCCUAGUAUGGCUAAUAUAAAUAUUGUUUUUACCAACAAUACCCAAGAAAAUAUAUCUGAUAUAAGAAUAGGCAAAAAGAAUUUGACUUCAGGAAUGAGUAUGUAUGACUUUGCUGCAAUACCAUGCAUUCCACCGAACUGCAAUCUACCUGCAACUUUAGGAAUUGACUUUAAUGAUUCUGCUCAAUCUGCCAAUUUUGAAAUUGUUUCUUCCAUUGGAAAUUUCAAUGUUACAGUGAAACCAUUCAUUGGAGAACUUCUGAGGCCAAUAACGAUGCCUGAAGAAGUUUUCCUUCAAGAACAGUCAAAAAUUAAGGGAAUGAACGAGCAUACAGGUACAAUUGAAAAUUGUGUCGAUGACAUUUUGAGCACUAUGAAUGAAAACUGCAAUAUGGGUAAGUGCGGAAAAGAAGAAUCGGAUUAUUUCAGAUUUGCUGGACAAACACUUACUUCUUCCAACCUAUGUUUAGUAACAAUACAUCGAUCUUCUAAAGUGACAAUCACAGUCAAUUGUAGCAAUGUGGUGUUCGGAUCUGUUUUAUUGAAUGAACUUAUUAAAAAACUAUGUUCAUAGAAGAUACUUUUUCUAAUGUUAUACUUUCAGUUGUAUUUGAUUUUAUAUUCAAUGUUAACCAUUUGCUACUAUUUCCUAAAUUAUAAAUUUUAUAUAAAGUACAUUUAUGCCAGAAAA